AUGUCGCUUGCAGGGAAACGCAAUAUAGGCGAACCAGAUGCCCCAAGCAUAGUUGACAUAGCAAGGAAACUCCCUCCUCUAUGGCAGGCAAGGGAGAUGUUCAACCAUUUUGCAGAUGUAUUGCAACCGACAUAUGGGGUUCUUCAUAUUCCCUCAUGUCGAGAUAUGAUGGAAAGAAUCUAUGAAGGUAUCGUCGAGGGCAAGGAACCACCAGCUGCAGACUUGAUGCUGACAUUCAGUAUUUUCGCUGGAACUUCGUUGGGUUGGACGCCGGCGCUUCUGGAGAAGCUGCAUGCAACAAGCGAAGAAGCCAAGGCGGCAUUAUUGGCAUAUAGCCGUAUUGCAUUGGCUAUUUUAGACCACCCCGCUCGGCUUAUAGAGCCAUCAACUACUGCUCUUAUAGCGAUCGGUACGUUGGGACAUAUUCUCGUCAAUACGGAUGGUUUCCCUGUUCGUGUUCAAAUCCUUCGGCAUCACUGUCAUUUAAUGUCAAGGGAAUUAAACAUCCAUCGCCUUGAUACGGCAAAAGCUCGGGAGGAACGAAGACUAAAAGGGUGUAACAUGAUUGAUGUUGAGGUCCAGCGACGAGCUUGGUGGAGUAUGGUUGCGUCCGACUGGCUUCUGUCAUUUUCUGGUGGACCCCAGGAGGGUGCAUAUAUCUUCCAGGCAAAGCAUAUGAAUGUAAAUAUGCCGAGCAAUACAGAUGACGAGCUCAUAACUAGCACGAGGAUUCACCAAGAAUUUCCCUUGUCGGUGGCUACGUCCAUGUCUGCUUUUCAUGCUCGAGUUCAAUGUUCCGACCUCUGCCGACAGGUUAUUGACGCUCUUCCUUCAGUUCUCCUUGACUCACAAGAACCGGAUUAUGAUACAAUCCUGGAGCUGGAUACUAGAUUCCAUCAACAUAUCGCUAAUCUUCCUGUUUAUUUCAAACUUGACGUAGAAAGUAUUGAACGGAGUCAACAGAUAUGUAAGGAGCGACCUUACAUCGCUUGGCAGAGACUCACUGUUCACUUCAGUCUUCAUACCCGACUUUGCCGUCUACAUCGACCAUACCACCUAGAGGGCAUCACAAACUCGAAAUAUGCUUAUUCACACAUGGUGUGCAUUCGCUCUGCGCACAAGGUCCUCGAACUCCGGCGUGCGAUGGACGAUUUGAAUCCCGCGAUAGGACUGAAGCCAGCCCGGUUUUGGACCGUCAUGCAUCAUGUCUUCUUCGCAGCUUUGAUUCUAGCCAUGGACGUAUCAUUUAACCCAGCUGCGCCAGAUGCUGCUGCCCGAAAGGCCAAGGUACUCGCCGCUUACGAGACGCUAGAACAGUCUAAGCGAGAGUCCAAUGACCUGAUGGAAGGGAUUCAGAAAAAUUUACAGACGCUGAUGUCUACGUUACACAAACAGCGGUCGCAGUCCUCUGUCUUACUUAAGGGGACCCCUGCAGCCCGCGAGGGGAUUCCUGGCGCCUCCAGGGUCUCAUACGAGAACCAACCCAUCAACGAGGCUGGGGAGUUUACAACCCUGCACGGCGAGAACCUUGCGGCAUUGCCAUCGUCUAUAAUGGCUGUCGACGAUAAUAGCCUUGUGAAUAGCCUAGGUGAAGAAGAUUGGGAGAAGCUUUGGUCCGAUUUCGUGGCUGUGGCUCCAGAUUUAGAUGUACCACAGUGGAACUCCUUACUAGAGGAUGUGGAUUUCCCCUCCGAUUUAGGUAUAUUUUAG